AUGUCUCAAUCCAAUCGACUCGUCGCCUAUGAACAGUUUCCAUCCCCAGAAGAUCGCAAUGUGUUCAACUUCCCGGCGCUCCCUUUUCAAAUCCGCGAACAAAUCUGGGAGCUAAUACUCUCACAGUCAAGAGUCGUUAUCAUCCUACCCCAUGCCGAUACAAACCGCCGCAAAAGCACCACCGGGCCUCCUGCGAUCAUCUCCGUCUGCCAAGAGUCUCGAGACUACGCCCUGAAGCGCUUCGUCAACAUCUUCCCGGGAAGUUCCAACCCGGUGUACGUCAAUCCCCAAGCUGACAUGGUUCUUCUCUCGAACUAUGCCUCCCACACCUGGUGGGUCGGAGGCUUCGGCGGCCUCGAUCUAUCCGGGGUCAGAGCCCUCGCCAUCCUGCAGGAGGACUUGGGGCUGCACCCAGCCAACGACGACGCCAAGAUGAUCGGGGAGCCUGACGCUGUGGCAUCCCUCGCCGGGCCCGCUCCUGCCCCAGAGUGGGAUAUCCUUUCCAAAGAUAUCAUCAAAUUCUUCCAGCGUACUCUCAUUCUCUGCUCGGGAAGCGAGAGCGUCAAGGACCUGGGGGUCCUGGUCAUGCCCCCAAACACCAAGAAGUGGGCUCCAACGGAGUUGGAGCUUGAGAUCCAGCAGCAGCUGGGCCCCGAGGUCCUCCCCGAGGAGCUUCCCCUCCUCGCAAGACUGGAGGAUUUGGGCAAGGGCCGCGCCGCGGGAGUGUCGGAGUCCCCGACACUCCCUCGCUACGCCGUCACGGCCAAGCCAACCCGCGCCUCCGCGGCCGACCACGGAGAGUCGCCCGCUCUCGAAGACGGGCUGGGCUUCCAGCACUGCUGGAAAGAAGAGGAAGUCCCCGAUGACUUCGAAAUCGCCUGGCUUGGGGUCCGCCUCUACCGGGCCCCAGGCUCCUCGGGCGGCGGUCGCCGCAUGAUUGUUGAUCGAUGUGUGGUAGAGUUAUAA